GAGUGUGGCGCUUUUCCGCAGGGCAGGGCGCGAUGAAGAGCUUCUCCCAGUGAAAGGAAAGUAGGUCGCGGCCGCCGAAAAUGCCUUUAAGGGACAAGUACUGUCAGACUGAGCACCACCACCACGGCUGCUGCGAGCCAGUUUAUAUCCUGGAGCCUGGAGAUCCUCCUUUGUUACAGCAGCCACUACAGACAUCCAAGUCUGGUAUUCAACAAAUAAUUGAAUGCUUUCGAUCAGGAACUAAACAGCUGAAGCAUAUUUUGUUAAAAGAUGUGGACACUAUUUUUGAAUGCAAAUUAUGUCGCAGUCUCUUCAGAGGAUUACCAAAUUUAAUUACACAUAAAAAAUUCUACUGCCCACCAAGCUUGCAGAUGGAUGACAACCUUCCUGAUGUAAAUGAUAAACAAAGCCAAGCCAUCAGUGAUCUCCUAGAAGCCAUAUAUCCAAAUAUGGACAAGCGAGAAUAUAUUAUUAAGCUGGAACCUAUAGAAACAAAUCAAAACGCGGUGUUUCAAUACAUUUCAAGGACCGAUAAUCCUGCUGAAGUAACGGAGUCAAGCAGCACUGCUGAACAAGCUGAAGUUGAAAUACAGGAAGCCAGCACUGAACAGUCUAAAACAGUAGCAGUUACAGAGCCCGAGGUGGAAGCCGAAGAGCCUGCUCCGGUUGAGAUUGUUGCUGAGGAAGCCGCACCUGCAGCGGGCGAACCGCCUCAGGAAUCCUCGGGUGACGUGGAAACCUCUGACAAUUCUGAUUUUGGUCACCAGUUGAUAUGUUGUCUUUGUAGAAAAGAAUUCAAUUCUAGACGGGGUGUGCGUCGCCACAUAAGAAAAGUACACAAGAAAAAGAUGGAGGAACUAAAAAAGUACAUUGAAACACGGAAGAAUCCAAACCAGUCCUCUAAAGGGCGCACUAAGAAUGUUCUGGUUCCAUUAAGCAGGAGUUGUCCGGUAUGCUGCAAAUCAUUUGCUACCAAAGCGAAUGUGAGAAGGCAUUUUGAUGAAGUUCAUCGAGGACUAAGGAGGGAUUCAAUUACUCCUGAGAUAGCAACAAAGCCUGGGCAACCUUUGUUCUUGGAUUCUGUUUCUCCUAAAAAAUCUUUCAAGAAUCGAAAACAGAAGUCGUCUUCAAAGGCUGAGUACAAUUUAACUGCAUGCAAAUGCCUGCUUUGCAAGAGGAAAUAUAGUUCACAAAUAAUGCUUAAAAGACAUAUGCAAAUUGUCCACAAGAUAACUCUUUCUGGAACAAACUCUAAAAGAGAGAAAGGCCCUAAUAAUACUGCCAACAGUUCAGAAAUAAAAGUUAAAGUUGAACCAGCAGAUUCUGUAGAAUCUACAGCCCCUCCCACUACCCAUCCUCCACAGAAUGAAUUAAAGGGGACAAAUCACUCUACUGAAAAAAAGAACACACUGGCUGCCCAGAAAAAUAAACUGAAACAAGACUCCGACGGUCCUACAUCGCCUAGUCAGGCGGCCGCAGGUGGCCUGCAGAAAACGAGGAAGCCAAAACUUUCAGCAGGCUUUGACUUUAAGCAACUUUACUGUAAACUUUGUAAACGUCAGUUUACUUCCAAACAAAACUUGACUAAACACAUUGAGUUGCACACAGAUGGAAAUAACAUUUAUGUGAAAUUCUACAAGUGUCCUCUUUGCACUUACGAAACUCGUCGGAAACGUGACGUGAUACGACACAUAACUGUGGUUCAUAAAAAAUCAUCUCGUUAUCUUGGAAAAAUAACAGCCAGUUUAGAGAUCAGAGCUAUAAAAAAGCCUAUUGAUUUUGUCCUAAAUAAAGUGGCAAAAAGAGGCCCUUCAAGGGACGAAGCGAAACAUAGCGAAUCAAAACACGAUGGCACUUCUAAUUCUCCUAGUAAAAAGUAUGACGUAGCAGACGUCGGUAUCGAAGUGAAAGUCACAAAAAACUUUUCCCUUCACAGAUGCAAUAAAUGCGGAAAGGCAUUUGCCAAAAAGACUUACCUUGAACAUCAUAAGAAAACCCAUAAGGCAAAUGCUUCCAAUUCACCCGAAGGCAACAAAACCAAAGGCCGAAGUACAAGAUCUAAGGCUCUGGUCUGAUAACGUCAAGUGAUGUACGGAAAGGGUUGGAGUUCAUUUUUGUGGAAAGACUUUAAGUUGGUGUUAGAACCACUAAACAUCUUCACAUGGUACUAUGAGGAAACAAAGAAAAAUAUUCUCAUAAGUUCUGAACUGUAGCUGCUGAUUUCUGACUAAACUCACAGCCAUCUAACCACUCGAUUCAGUGCCUACUCCAGCACUUUGCAGUAGCCGCGACAUUAUUUGUCGUCAUCACAGGCCAUCCGCUAACCACCUUGACCUUGUGCUUUUGGUCUGCAGUUUCUACAAAUAUAUUGCAAAUUUUGUUUUUCAAGUAAUUUGUUAUUAAAGGGAUCAACACCCUGAAGAAAAUACCAAUUUUUAAUUGAUAAAAUACUUUAUAUCUUAAUAGUUUCAGUUUGGGUUCACUUUAUUUGGCACAAGUUUUAUCUGGAUUGUACAUAAAUAUAUAUAUAUAUAUGAUUUUUUAGUAUAUGAUAGAAACGGAAGACAAUUAGCAUCAAUACAUUAUAAAUAUUUAGCUUACCAAAUAUUUGUGAUUUUUACAUCCAUUUAUUUCUAACUUGUUCUCUAGCACUAAAUGUUCAAAUAUUCUCUAAAAUAUUUACUACAGGAAAAAUCUAGCUCAUUCAUCAAUGCUUCAUUAGAUUUUUUUAUUUGUGACCAUCUGAAGAUUUUGUGGAAAUUAAACAUUCCCCAAUUUUUCUUGAAAUUUUAUACAAAGCACUUUAAUGAUAGAUGCAACUUUAUUUUUCAGUUUCUAUUUUUUUUAAAGAGCCACACCCAUUUACUAAUGUUGAUGUGGAAGUAGUGAACAGCUUGCUGGUACUUGGUGGAUGUAGACAAUCUGUGUGUAAGCACUUCUCAUGAGGCGACUUUGUUCUUUUAAAUAUCGCUCAAGAAGGAAUAUGAGUGGAUCAACCUUGAUUUCCUCUUCCAAGAAAUAUCUUAAGUGACCACUUGAUAAUAUUUGAACCUGACUGUAAAAUUUAGACAAUAAUGAGUUCUUGGCAUUUUUAAAAUCAAGACUUUAGGAAAAACAGAAGCACAUCUAUAUGAAAUUUGGGGCAAGCUUCUGUGCAGUAAUAUUUUGUGUUUUUUAGGGAAUCUUAUUUUUUAGAAAUUUGUGUCAGAUUCAAAAUUUAAAAGGAACAGCAGAAAAUAUACCAUGUUUUUAUACAGGUUCACACUUGUACUUAGAAAGGACCCUGUCCACCUAGCUACUUUUUGUAUAACAUUUUAAAAUGUUGGGGAUCCACAGGUCAUAAUAAAAUGCUUUGAUAGAUGAAGAAACUUACCCUUCCCAGUGCUUUGCACUACAAAUAUACUGUGAACGAAACUAGAGAGACUGUAACUGUUGCUGGAAAUGUUCUCUGUUGAAUGUACGUGUUCUUGUUGGGAAAAUGUUGGAAAAAAAUGUGAUGGAAAUAAACUAGACUCAAAGUUAUUUCAGCUAAAUGUGCUUCAAAAAGGUACAUUGGUUGAAAUGUAAAUGUUUUAUUAUUGAAUUUAAGCUUACUCAGUGACUGUGAGCAGCUACACUUGAAUUAUAUCCUGACAGUUUUAUUUCUAAAUAAUAGAAUGAUAAUUUCUCCUUAAUUUAAAAACAGAUUUACUUUUCCACAAAUGGUAGAUUUGUACUUAUAAGCCUGACUAUAAUGACUAAUAGUAUAUUAUAUUUAGGGAACUGAAUGUGUAGGUGGCAUUUCAUUUAUAAACCAUCCUCAUUAGUUGCACAUUAUUAAACCUGUAUGUUUGACUUU